CCCCCAUCCCUGGCACCCUUUGCUCCGAAAAAUAUAAGUAUUUGAGUUCGAAUCUGCGGGACGCCUUUGUUCGAAGACCUACAGUAUGUCGUGGCUGACGGCGUCCGUGGCGGUGGCGCUGGUGUGGCUGGCGGCCGCAGCUCCGUCCAACAGCACGAAGCAGAUAGAGAAACCGGGGUGGCAGCCUCGCCUCCUGGGACAAAAACAACACGUGCACGGCGCCUUCAUGGAACUCUAUUUCUCCGAAGAUGACACCCUGGAUUACGCCGACCGAUGGAACCUGUACAUCUCGAGCUUUGAUCCUUUCGGCGAAGUGGAUGUAGAGUACCGGAUGAGGUCCCCGGGUCGCUUCCUGGACGACAUCGCUUCGUGGAAUAUCCAAGUGAUGGAUGAGACUGCCCUGUGGCCCAACAACCCGGAUUAUCUCCCCAGUUCUGUAGCAGGCGCCGAGGGCAUCAUCUGGACUUCGGGCUUCCUCAUGCCUGGGAAGACCGACGGGCAACUGCAGAUGUAUGACACUACGAAGGACCCCGCCGACGGACCCUACAACAUCGCCAGCAAUGAUGAUGGGAACUGGGCCUACCACAGGGUGAUUUGGAAGGACAUGGACUUGGACGGAGACUUGGACGCCCUCACAGCCCGGUUCCACAGGCCACUAAUAGGUACCACCAAACACGACCUCCUGUGGUUCGAGAACGAAGGCGCGGGAUUCAGCGAGGGAUGGAAGGAGCACCUGAUAGCCAGCGACGGACCAGACAUCCACUUCGACAUGGUGACCCUCAGCGCAGGAGGAAGAGACUACAACUGUAUCAUCGCUGGAGAGUUUUUCAGCGAGAGGGUCUCGAUCUAUUGGACGGAGAGCGAGGUCGACGACUGGAGUGACCCGACGCUGGUGAAGUCUCGUAUUAUAAACUCCAACGUCCAGCCUUUCGACGUCUUGGUGGAUGACUUCAACCGCGACGGAGUUCUGGAAUUCCUGGUCACGGAAUUCAGGAAUGAUCUUGGAAUCGGCCAUGUCUCUGUGUACCAAUUCCCAGAAGAUUUCAGAACGGACGACUUCCCACACUUCAAGAUCGCCGACGGCUUCAUCCCGAACCAGGUGACCGGGGGACAGACCAUGUCUCCAGGAACGCCCAAGGUGUACUACCCGAACGCCGCCUACGCCCAAGAUGUAGCCGAAGACGGGAUGCCACACAAACCCUACAUCCUUCUGUCCGGCGACGAUGACGGCCGCUUCUACGUCCUGUAUCCGACGUCUGAGGAUCGAGACGACUGGGUUUAUGAGAAGAACGUCCUCAUUGAUACGGAGGACAUCAUGGUUGGUAAAAUGGCCCACGGUGACCUGGACGGAGACGGCUACGAGGAGGUCAUCGUGGCCGGGUACGCGGUCAAUCAGCUGUUUGUCUUCACGUACGCUCCUUAAAGACGUUUUUUAAAGACGUUUCUUGGGGCGAAACGUCACGUUCUUUAGGCGACGUUAGAUUUUUUUAUUUAUUUUUUAUUUAUCUAUUCAUCAUUUAUUGAUUUAUCUAUUUAUCAUUUAUUUAUCAAUCCAUUCAUCAUUUGUUUACUUAUUUUUCAUUUAUUUAUCUGUUUAUUUGAUUUAUUAGUAUCAUUAUUGUUAUUUUUAUUAUCAUUAUCAUUAUCAUUUCAUUUGUUAAGCUCGUUUGAUUAUUCAAUAAUUUUUUUAUUAUCAUUUGUUUUGGUGCAUUAUUUGUUCAUUUAUCAUCAUCUAUUGAGCUCUAUUAGAUUAAUUAUUCGCUAAUUACUUAUGUGAUAAUCGCAUGCUAGGUGUGUUGGAUUAAUUAAAUUCUUUCUUUCUUUAUCUAUUUUUUAUUAAGCUAUAUUGGAUCGAUAAUUUGUUUAUAAUUCUUUUAUUACCAACAAAAUAGGGAUUAUUUGGAAUCGAUAGAAUGGGAAUCAUUUGGAAUCACCCAAACAGGAAUGACAUGGAAUAAACGGAAUAGGGAUAAUUUGGAAUCGCCAGAAUAAUAUUAACGAAAGGGAAGGAAGGAAUAAAUGUUAAAACAGUCAAUUCCUGGUAGUAUCUUUCACUCACUAAAUCGUUUACGUAACUUUGUAAAAUAAUGUUAUUGCGAUCAAUAAAAUUGAAUUAUUGUU